AUGCAACGCUAUAAAGCGACUUCCUGCACUCGUACCUGACACUACAUCCCCAGCCACUCAUCUCAGGUGAUCAAGGGACUGCUUCGAGCAACAAAAAAUGCGUGAGUGUAUCUCUGUGCACGUUGGCCAGGCCGGAGCCCAGAUAGGCAAUGCAUGCUGGGAGCUCUACUGUCUGGAGCAUGGAAUCCAGCCAGAUGGUCAGAUGCCCAGCGACAAGACCAUUGGAGGAGGAGACGACUCCUUCAACACCUUCUUCAGUGAGACAGGAGCUGGAAAACAUGUCCCCAGAGCCGUCUUUGUGGACCUGGAGCCAACUGUCAUUGAUGAGGUUCGUACAGGAACCUACCGCCAGCUCUUCCACCCUGAGCAGCUCAUCACUGGAAAGGAAGAUGCAGCCAACAACUACGCCCGCGGUCACUACACCAUCGGGAAGGAGAUCAUCGACCUGGUUCUUGACAGGACUCGUAAACUGGCUGACCAGUGCACAGGGCUCCAGGGUUUCCUCAUCUUCCACUCCUUUGGAGGAGGAACUGGGUCUGGCUUCACCUCUCUGCUCAUGGAGCGUCUCUCUGUAGAUUACGGCAAGAAGUCCAAGCUGGAGUUUGCCAUCUAUCCAGCUCCUCAGGUGUCCACAGCUGUGGUGGAGCCCUACAACUCCAUCCUGACCACCCACACCACCCUGGAGCACUCUGACUGCGCCUUCAUGGUGGACAACGAAGCCAUCUACGACAUCUGCCGCAGAAACCUGGACAUCGAGCGCCCCACCUACACCAACCUCAACAGGCUGAUUGGACAGAUCGUGUCCUCCAUCACCGCCUCCCUGCGCUUCGACGGAGCCUUGAACGUAGACCUGACGGAGUUCCAGACCAACCUGGUGCCCUACCCUCGUAUCCACUUCCCUCUGGCCACCUACGCCCCAGUUAUCUCUGCAGAGAAGGCUUAUCAUGAGCAGCUAUCAGUAGCAGAAAUCACCAACGCCUGCUUCGAGCCAGCCAAUCAGAUGGUGAAAUGUGACCCUCGUCACGGCAAGUACAUGGCCUGCUGUCUGCUAUUUCGAGGUGAUGUGGUGCCCAAAGACGUCAACUCUGCCAUCGCCACCAUCAAAACCAAGCGCACCAUCCAGUUUGUGGACUGGUGUCCUACAGGCUUCAAGGUGGGCAUCAACUACCAGCCCCCCACUGUGGUUCCUGGAGGAGACCUGGCCAAGGUGCAGAGGGCCGUGUGCAUGCUGAGCAACACCACCGCCAUCGCUGAGGCCUGGGCUCGACUGGACCACAAGUUUGACCUGAUGUACGCCAAGAGGGCCUUCGUCCACUGGUACGUCGGAGAGGGCAUGGAGGAGGGAGAGUUCUCAGAGGCCAGAGAGGACAUGGCUGCCCUGGAGAAGGAUUAUGAAGAGGUGGGAACUGACAGCAUUGGGGACGAAGGAGAGGAAGAAGGGGAGGAAUAUUAAGCAUGCUUUAAAUAAAUAAAGCCAACCACUAUCUUAAAAAGCACUGAGACAACAAGCUCUUCUUAAAAUGUAUGUUCAUCCUUUGUUUUUGCAGUAAAUUAAAUCUUUUUAUGUGUAAUAAAACAAAUGCUGUUAGUAUUACUUCUCUACAGUCUGCUGCAAUCACGUGUCCUAGAUUUAAAACAAUAAACUCAAAUGUGCUUCUGAUGACGUUC